AACAAAAUACAUUAAAGAAAAACUGUCUUCUAUGUUCAAUAGUUUAAUAGACCAAUGUGUCAAGUGUCAAUACUCAAUUGUAAAUAAAUAAGCUACUAUUAUUUUUUUACAUAUCCGGAUUUUAUGCCAUUCGAUCAUAUUUAUAUUACUGCUAAAAAUGAAUAACACCAGUUGUUGUGUGUGUUUUAAAGACAAUGCUUCUAUUCCACUUAGUGUUAUCGAUUCCAACAACGAAACAAUAACUUCCAAAUUACAAAAAGUUGUAUCUGAAGUGCUAUGGAAAGAUACAUUCACAAUUUGUCCUGAAUGUUUGAAUACUUUGAAUAUUGUAUUAGAAUUUAGAAAUACAUGUAUAAAAUCAAGCUCUAUCAGACUCAAGGAAGAACCCGAAUCAAUAAAUAGUUCUGAACGAUGUAUGAGCAGCAGUGAAGAAGAAAUUGAAAAAUUUGUAGAAGAACAUUCUGAGAAGAUAGCUGUGACUUCUGAAAUUUGUGAAAUUAAAUUGAAUUCAAAUAACCUUAUAUACACUCAUAAGGAAAUACAUCACUCUGAACACUCCUACAAGAAUGAUUUACUUUUUGUUGAUGUAAAUGAUGAAAAGAGAAAAUGUUUGAAUAAUGAUGUUUAUUUUUGUGAUAAAUGUACGCAUAACUUUGUUUCCAAAUCCCAAUAUGAAGAGCAUAUAAAAUCCCAUAAUGUUUUCAUUUGUUUCCACUGUGAUAAACCAUUUGAGAGUAAAGUUAUGCUAGCUAAACACAUAAAAGUUAAACAUGAUGUUCAGAAAAUAAUUAAAAAUGCAGAUAAGUCACGAUCUCUAAAUGAAAAUUUGCUUGAAAAGAAAAGUAAAUUAUUCCAGUGUAUUAAGUGUGAAAAAUCAUAUAAGACUGAGAAAUUUAUGCUGAAUCAUAUGGUUACUUGUGAUGGGGUGAUGAGACAUUCAAAAAUGAAUUUCUCCAAAGAUUUCUCUAAGAAUGAGUGUGAAAAAUGUGGAAGAUUUUAUACAACUCAAAAAAUUCUUAAAGCUCAUUUGAAACAUUGUAAGGCAGAAAAAAAUUUACAAGAACAGAGAUGUCACAUUUGUGAUGAAUUUUUAAAAAGUUCUGAAGAAAAGUUUGAACAUAUUUUAAAUGAGCAUAAUAUUAAUUUAAAAGUAGAUAAUACUUGUCAGUUCUGUUACAAACAAUUUUUAAGUGAUGAGAGUUUACAAUCUCAUAUGAAAGAAAAUCAUAGGAACCAAUUAACAAAUCGUAAAGUAUUGAAAAAUUAUACUGAAAGAAGUUACUCAUGUGAAGUAUGUUCAAAAGUUUUUGGUUAUGUGAAAGAGGUCAUCGAACAUUGUGUUAAAGAACACCAGAUGGAUGCAAAGUCUGUUAAACCUUACUUAUGUGAUAAAUGCCACACUCGUUUCAUGAAUUCAACAAAUUUAAUUCAGCACAAGCAGUAUCACGAGGGAGAGCGUAGUCACAUAUGUAGUUUUUGCGGAAAAAGCUUCAUCACAAAAAGUGAUCUUACAGUACAUGAAUAUACCCAUUUGAAUAGGAGGAACUAUAAAUGUGAAAUUUGUGAAAGAGCUUUUAACACCAACAAGAAUUUGAGAUCACAUAAGUUAGUUGUUCAUACUGAUUCAAGUUUGUGGAAGUAUGAGUGUAAUUUGUGUGCCAAAAAGUUCCCUUUAAAAUCUGGUUUUGACCAACACAUGAGAAGGCAUUCAGGAGACAAAAGAUUUAAAUGUUUGAUUUGUGAAAAAUCCUUCAUAAGUAGUAGUGAACUGAAGAAACAUAAUACAUUCCAUUCUAAUGAGAGAGCUCACAAAUGUUCCCAUUGUGGUAAAGAAUAUAAAGAUCGUAGAGUUUAUGAGAUACAUGUGACCAAAGUUCAUGGUUUGGGGAAUGCAAAAAUUCCAGUACGGGUGAGGAAGUUUGCUUGUCAUAUUUGUCCAGGUACGUUUUUUGAUAAGCAGAAAUUGUCGAGGCAUAUGUGUACUCAUACAGGCAUAAAACCAUAUGUUUGUAAUAUUUGCGAGAAGAGGUUUAGUGAUAAGUCAUAUUUGAAGUAUCACUCAAAAAUAGUUCAUAAUAUUUUGGCUUUCCCCACUAACGAAGUAAGUGAUAUUACAAAUGAGCAUAUAUAAUACCUCUGUUAAGCAAUAUGCAUAAUAAGAAAUAUUUCAAGUUCAGUGUGGAGUCAGUAUUAUACUUGAGGCUGAAGUAUCUUAAUCAUGGAUUCUUCAUGUUUUACAAUGAAACAAGUGUGUGGUUACCUAAACUUUAAGUAUAAAAUGAAUAAUAUUCAAUGUUUUUACUCCAAUCCUCCAAGUUCUUUUUGGGAACUCUAAGAAGCUGAGAACUUAUGCAAGGUAGGAGUGUUUAAAUAUAAUCAUUUAAUUUUAGAAAAAUACAUUAUUUGUGUUACAUAUUUAAAAUUUAUUCGAUUUUAUACAAUUUAAAAUUAUUUUAUCAUUUCAAUUUAGUUCGAAUAAAUAAAUAAUGUUUUGGAUAUCAACAAGUUGGAUAUUAAAAUAUUAAUAAAGCCUUUUUAAUUGUACAGAGUACAGUGGUUCAAAUUCAAGGGGAUUCUGAUCUUAGCCAUUUGAAACAUAAGAAGCCAAAAAUAAGUGUACAUGUUAAUUAAUGGUCAGUGAGUGAAAAUGAAAAGUUUAUAUAGAACAACCGUUUCUAGAUUCAAGUUGAAUUUGUUAAUCAAAUUUUUUAAGAUACCUUCAUACCUUUUUGUUUGUGAUGAUAGUUUUCCAGUAAUGUCUUUUUAAUGAUUUUCUGAAAGUAACUCUACCUAAAUUUCAUCCAUUUAAAGCAGCUGGUUCCUAAGAUAUAAAAAAUAUACUGUUUAUCAUUACUUAUUCCCUAACAACUGAAAUGCUAUCUAAAUAUGAUAGAUGGAUUGCAAUCAAAGCACAUUUCUGGGACCAACCUGUGAUACAAUAUUAGACUUAAUUAAUAGGUUUCUCCACAAAGAGCACACUUCUUAUGUCCCACAUUAAUGAAAGUUUUGUAAUAACUUAAAAAAUGUAUUACAAACUUAUGAAACAAUUGAAUGCAGUAGAGAUGCCAAAGCUUUCCUUUAAGCAGGAAUAUACUAAAUAGAGAAAAUAUCUUUGCUAUUACAAAUUCAAAAAUGGAGUUAAAUAUCGAAGACAAAUUUUUCGAAAUUUUAUAUUUAACCAAUAAUCAUUGAAAUAGAUAGAUUUCAUUCAGAUUGGAUUGACUUUCUCUAACUAUGUUUAUUACUGUGAGAUACAGGUAUAUUAUCUUUAAAAAAUCGUUAAGAAGUGUCUUUGCUCUGAAAAAAUAAAAAUAUGAUUUCAAAUUCAUGAUUCACUGGACUCCUCUCCAUUCAGCUCAAUUUUUAUUAGGAUCUUCGUUUUGUUAUUAGCCAUAUUGUUCUUAUUUUUGAAGAAGAUAAAUAUUUACAAUUUUGGAAUGCUUUGUGCUUAUCCCUAUUGCUAUUAAAACAUUACUGAAUUAUAAAAUUUUUCCAAUUUUUAAUUCGAAAAAAAAUUGUAAGAAGAAAAAUAAAAGCAGCACAAGUUAU